GCUCCGCGGCCGAGAGGGGCCGAGAGGGGCCGCGGCUUCCCGGGCGCGGGGAAGGGCCCUGGGCUGGGCCAAGGCGGCGGCGGGCGGCGGCGCGGGGUCACGGUGGCGCCAUGGGGAAGCGGGAUAACCGUGUGGCUUAUAUGAAUCCCAUAGCUAUGGCCAGGGCACGAGGUCCUGCCCCAAAUUCAGGACCAACAAUACAAGACUACUUGAACAGGCCAAGACCAACAUGGGAAGAAGUGAAAGAGCAACUAGAAAAGAAAAAGAAAGGAUCCAGGGCUUUGGCUGAGUUUGAAGAAAAGAUGAAUGAGAAUUGGAGGAAAGAACUGGAAAAACACAGGGAGAAAUUACUGGGUGGAAAUGAGAGCUCUUCCAAAAAAAAAGAGAAAAAGAAAAAGGAAAAGAAGAAGUCUAAUAGGUUGUCUUCAUCUUCCUCUUCUUCAUCAAGCUCUGAUUCUUCCAGCAGUUCAUCUGAUUCAGAAGAUGAGGAUAAAAAGCAAGGGAAGAAAAAAAGGAAGAAGAAGUAUCGCUCCUCACGGAAAUCUUCAGCAAGCACAACUUCAGAAUCUGAGUCAGACAGCAAGGAUAGCACAAAAAAGAAGAGGUCAAAGGAAGACUGUGAAAAAGAGAAGGAAGGUAAAAAUCACCACAGGAAAAGGAAGAAGGCAGAUCGUGGUGAUGCACCUUUAUCGUCAGAAUCUGUAUCUGAAUCAGACCAGACAGAGGAGGUGCAAGCGAAAAAGAAGAAAAGCAAUGAGGAAAAAGAGAAAACAGAUAAGACAAAAAAGAGAAAGAAGCACAAGAAACAUGGUAAAAAGAAGAAAAAGAAGACUGCUGGUUCAAAUUCAGAUUCAGAAUAAUAUUUUAAAACAACCGGAGACUAUCAACAGAAGUGCAAUGACUAAAGGAAACUUAAACUGUGAAAUGACAGCAAACUUUACCAAACUGCAUGAGUUUUCCUGU